AUGUUCAACGGGCUCGCGACCAAGCUCGCCAUGAAAAAGAUGGGCAUCCCCAAGAACGCGCUCGACAUUUCGGCGCUGACGGGCGGGUCAUCGACGGAGCCCAACAAGCUCAAGAAGAACCCGCCGGGCCAGGAGGACGCCGACGCCGCCAACGCCAACGGCUGGCCCAAGUGGAUGACGGUCAAGAACCUGCCGCUCACGGCGCAGGCGUGGCUGUCGCCGCCGCCGCCGCCCGUGCCCGUCGCGGCCGAGUGCCCCAAGGUCGGAGACCUGGCGCCGCUCGACAGGGACAGGAAGAUCGAGUUUGGCGGCGGGAGGAGGGUUUUGAUAGUGUUUUUGCGGUGCGUGGGCUGUGCUUUCGCGCAAAAGACCUUCCUCGCCCUCCGCACCCUCGCAAACCGCCACCAGCAGAGCCUGACGUGCAUCGCCGUGUCGCACUCGUCCGAGGCCGCGACCAAGAAGUGGCUCGACCUCCUCGGCGGGGCCUGGAACGUCCAGAUCGUGGUGGACGAGGACCGAUCCCUCUACGCGGCGUGGGGGCUCGGCCUCGGCAACACCUGGUACCUUUUCAACCCGACGACGCAGAUCCAGGGCUGGAAGGAAAAGGGCUGGCUGGGCGCCACGGUCGCCACGUCCAUCCAGCGCACCAACACCCUCGAGGACAGGGUCAAGGCCAACGCGCCGCCGCCCAAGAAGCCCGGGCUGAUGAGGAGGGCCACGGGCGAGCAGAAGCAGCAGGACGAGCAGCCGGCCGACCCGGAGGAGGAUGGGCCCAGCACCGUCCUGGGAAACAAGUGGCAGCAGGCUGGCGCAUGGGCCAUCGACGGCCGCGGGACGGUUGUUUGGGGUGGCAAGGCGCUGAGGGCGGAUGAUCUGAUGGACUUGGACCAGGGUGCCAAGAUCCUGGGGCUGUGA